CAGCAGACUCCAACACACCCCUCCCACUCCCACUCCCAGCCCGUCAUCCACCAAGUUCCAUACCUCAGACUCUGAGCGCCGCCGCCACCCACCGCCCCGACUCUCCAGACCUCGCCGCCGCCGCCGGCCAUGGCCUCGGCUCUCCCCCUCCCCCCUCCCAUCAUCAGAAGAGAUCAAAGAGGGAGGGAGAUCGAGCGAGCAGCCCAGGCAGCGGCCAUGGCCAUGGCGCACCAGAUCCGCCACGGACGUCGAGGGCUUCUACGAACUGGAGGCUGGAGCUCCAUUCCCACAACCGCCUCCUCUGCUCCCGGCGUCCAUCAACUCGGGCCCCUUUUCCACUACAACGCACCAGCAAAGGAGGUCCUUCCUCCGUGCGCUUCUUCACUCCUUGGACGCCGCCAUGGAGCUCCGACCCCACAGCCAUGGAAGGUGCACCACAGAACGUACAGGGACGCCGCUCCCCCGCUGCCCCGACCCUGGUGCCGGCGCCAUGAACCUCGUCUAGAAAAGGUCCUUGCUAGGAUGCAUCUGCUGAUGUGGAGCCAUAUUGGCGAAACUGCUUGCAGGGAUUCCAUCAGUUAUUGUAGGAUGUCGUCACUUAACCAACGUUGACAUGCGACAAUGGUUUUCCUAGAAUUUGACACACCAAUAUGUUGUGGUUUAGCUAUCCCGCAAAACGAAAAAGAAAGUGUCAUUUAGCUGCUGUAGGCACGGCAUGGCGAUCUUUUCCUGCUCAAUAGUGACUGUUCUCCUUACCUGCCGACUUCUCCAAGUCCAGUUUAUAAUGCUUAUUUUAUUAGCAAAAAUAUUAAUUGGGUUCAGGGUUUUACCGCUAGCACAUUUGUAUGUAUUUACCCAAUAGUAGGUGGAAUAAGCUUAAGCUUGAUGUUCAAUAAGCUGAGCUCAAAGCAAUCUGCCUGCUGACUUUGGUAAAUUUUCUAACAUGUUUAGUUUGUGGUGUAAUGUUGAUUUAUUUGGCAAAGAGAAACACGGUCCUGGCUUUUGCUGGUACUACAUCUUGUGAUGUUGUACAAUUUGAAUUUGGUGGCAGAAAUUAUAUGUUGUUUUGCCUCCU